AUGCAUUUUUCUGAUUCCUCUAAAGCUCAUAAAGUGGUGCCACUCAAACAAAACAUGACUACUCUAAAUAAUCCCAAGUGUAAAAAACACCCCGCUAAACAAUGCGAACUCCAUUGUGAACAAUGUGACACUCCUAUUUGUGCACUGUGUAUUUCCUCAGAAGAACAUGUAGAUCAUUCAUUAGUUGAUAUAUUUAAGAUCAUUGAAAGAAAAAAGGAAUCCGUAAAGAGAGACUUGCAAGAAUUAGAAAAGUCCAUUUUACCUCGAUAUCAAGAAAUUGCAGCCAACAUUCAAGAUCAGAGAGUUGAUUUAAGUACAAACUCCAUGGAAUUGACCAAAACUCUUAAUGAAAGAAAAGAUGACUGGUACAGAGAAAUCGACUCUAUUGUAAAGGAUUUACAAUCUGAUAUAGAUAAAAUGGCAGUGGAAAUCAAGACUGUCUUAGAUAAACAAGAAGACGAAUUGACAACAAGCAUUUCACUAGUUAUGGAGAGUAUAGGUGAAUUAAAAAAAAUAUUGGACUCUAAAGAUGUCUGCAUUGUGUCAGAGUACAAAUCCAAGAACUAUAAUUACAGAAGAAUGUCUCCUAAACCCAAAAUAACCUUACCAAGAUUCACGUGUCAAAUGAUACACAGAGACCAGCUAUUUGAACAAUUUGGUUCCUUUUCAAAAGUGUCUUUUACAACUGAAAAGCACGAUCCUUUACCAGAUAUGUCACUGCAAGUUGAUCCCGAUGUUUUCACACAAAUAGACACACAGUAUGAAGAUCUUUGUAGCGUGGCGUGUUUGAAUGACAAAAAAGUAUGGACAAGCGGCGAGGGAAAAAUUAUAAAACUGUUCAACCUCAAAGGAGAACUAAUGAACACGAUUAAAACAAAGUCAGGUAAUGCGCCUUCGGAUAUAGCUGUGACAAGGCAUGGGGAUCUUGUUUAUACUGAUCACAGUGAUAGAAGUCUGAAUUUGGUUAAGAAUAUGCAGGUAAAAGAAAUGAUCCGACUAAGGGGAUGGAGACCUCGCAAUGUAUGUAGAACCAGCUGCAGUGACCUCCUGGUUGUCAUGGACAGUGACGAUGAUGAACAAACAAAAGUUGUGCGUUACUCUGAUAUCUCAACAGAAUUGAUGAUGAAACAAUGCAUACAGUAUAACGACAAAGGACAACCUCUCUUUUCAUAUGGUGGCACUAAAUUUAUUAGUGAGAACAGGAAUUUAGAUAUUUGUGUGUCUGACAAUAAUGCCCUUGCAGUCAUAGUGGUCAAUCAGGCCGGAGAAUUUAGGUUUAAAUACAUUGGUUCUCCUUCUACUACCGAUGAAUCAUUUACACCACGCGGCAUCGCCACAGAUAGCCAGAGUCGGAUCCUUAUAGCAGACUUUGAAAACGACCGCAUCCACGUCCUAGAUCUAGACGGACAGCUCCUUCGCUUUAUUGAUUGUCUUUUUUUAUUUGCUCCAUUAGGAAUAUCUGUGGAUAGCAGAGAUAACCUUUUUGUAGCUGAAAAUAGCACGGGUCAAGUUAAGAAGGUCCAAUAUUGCCUGUAA